AAAUAUCACUAAAACCUGUGUUCCCAUUUCCUCCUAAGAAAAUAGAAAACCAGUCUUCUCUUUAAGCAAACGCCUGUUUUCCAAUUCCUUUCCCUUUCUCCAAUGGCCUUAGGGAACCAAUUUGAACAGAAUCUCAAAAUAAGAUCUGCAACUCAAUUGCCUCUUCAAGUCAAGCUUCUCAUCGUUGGUUUCUUCCUUGCUUUCCUCCUCUUGAUGUUUAGGUCAAGCUUCUUACCUUCUUCCCAGAACAACCCAUCAUCUCCAAUUCCAGAAAUCAAAUCAACAGCAACAUGUAACAAGAUCCCAUCACCAUUAAUCCAAGCUUUGAUCCACUACGCAACCUCAAAUACUACCCCACAACAAACAUUCAAAGAGAUAUCAGUCUCAGCUAGAGUCCUAGACAAGAAGUCCCCUUGUAAUUUCCUAGUCUUUGGUCUUGGUUAUGACAGCCCCCUCUGGAGUUCAUUAAAUUAUGGUGGCCGAACGGUUUUUCUUGAUGAAGAUGAAUCAUGGAUCAGGCUAAUCAAGGAUAAGUUUCCAGAUUUAGAGGUCUAUCAUGUUGGGUAUGAUACCAAAGUGAGAGAUGCAGAGAACCUUUUGAGGAUUGGUAAGGAAAAGGAGUGUGCAGUUGUGAGUGAUGGUAAGAAUUCCAAGUGUCAGCUCAUGUUGAAGACAUUGCCAGAAGCGGUUUAUGAGGUUGAGUGGGAUUUGAUAAUGGUGGAUGCACCGACGGGCUUUCAUGAUGAAGCACCAGGGAGGAUGGGAGCUAUCUAUACUGCUGGAAUGAUGGCUAGGUAUAGGAAAGAAGGAGAGACUGAUGUGUUUGUGCAUGAUGUCAACAGGGUAGUAGAGGAUAAGUUCUCCAAGACCUUUUUGUGUGAAGGGUACAUGAAGGAGCAAGAGGGUCUUAUUAGGCACUUCACAAUUCCAAGUCAUAGAGACAGUCCUGAUAUGCCUUUUUGCCCUUCCAGUUCCACCUAGAGAAGUUGACAGAAUGGGUUGAUUUAUUUGCUCAUGUUGCUACCAUGGUCCCUCUCAUUUGUUGAAUUGUAUCACUCAAGUUGAGUUUCUUGGGAAACCAUGAAUGCGAUUUGCAUCUUUUGUGUUCAUGUGAUCUGGGUUCCAAGGCUUUUGGGGCUAUGGCUUGGUAGGAUCGAGAUGAGUAUGUAUUUACAAUUUGAAUUCUUCUGCUUCUCUCUGUUUCCUUACCUUUUUGAAUUGAACAGAAUGUGAGUUUUUCAUUUCCCCUUUCAAUGGGAAAACAGAUUUCUUUUUCUGUUCCUAAAUGUGGUAACAAGAAAUGAGUUCAACUAUGACAAUUGCUUCAAA